GUUGGUUUGCAAACCGCCAUAAACAUCAAAGAAGAAGAAAGGCGUAAAUAAAACAUGCCGAAUAGUUCUGCUUUUAUUUGUAUUUAAUAAUAGCAAGUUAUUUUACUCGAUAAACACAGUGAAGUUUGACAACGUCUUUGAAGUGUCAAGGCGGCACUUUUCUUUGAGUCAUAAACAGACCCCGAGUCCAGUCAACGUAAAUCUCGGUCAAAGGGCAUCAAUGACGUUUCUAUUCAGAACUGCGUUCAGAAAACAGGGUCUGUUGAUUCCUGUCUUGAAUGCUGUCAGAGGAAUGUCCACAGGAAGCCCCACUCCACCCUUCACAACCCUGUCAAUCAGCCGCCCGGCCGAUACCAUCACUCAUGUCGAGUUCUGUCGACCAGAGAAACGCAACGCCAUGAACAAGGCUUUCUGGAGUGAAAUGGUCGACUGCUUCAAUCAGAUAGCUGAAGACAAAGAGUGUCGUGUUGUAGUGUUCUCUGGGGCUGGCAAGACCUUUACAGCUGGGAUUGAUCUUAUGGACAUGGCCAGCGAUAUAAUGCAGCCUGAGGGAGACGACACAGCGAGGAUCUCAUGGAACUUGCGGCAGAUCAUAGCCAAAUACCAGGAAUCUUUCUCUGUUAUUGAAAAGUGUCCAAAACCAGUGAUCGUGGCCGUUCAUGGUGCGUGUAUAGGAGGAGGGGUGGAUCUGAUCACGGCAUCUGAUAUACGACUUUGUACACAAGAUGCCUGGUUUCAGGUCAAGGAAGUCGACAUCGGCCUGGCAGCUGAUGUUGGGACUCUGCAGCGUCUUCCCAAAGUUAUUGGAAGUCGAAGUUUGGUGAACGAGCUGGCAUUAACUGCAAGGAAGAUGUAUGCAGAUGAAGCUAAAAGCUGUGGAUUGGUCAGCCGAGUGUUUCCAGAUAAAGAGACCAUGAUGGCUGGAGCUCUGGAGAUGGCAGGAGAGAUCGCUAGCAGGAGUCCUGUAGCAGUCCAGGGAACCAAAAUCAAUCUUAUUUUCUCCAGAGAUCACAGUGUUCAGGAGAGCCUGAAUUACAUGGCCACCUGGAAUAUGAGCAUGCUUCAAACCCAUGACCUGAUGAAGUCAGCUCAGACAGCGAUGGAGAAGAAAAGCCCUAAAGACAUUAUUUUCUCUAAGCUCUGAAACUCUGUGGAAGCAUCUUAACUCUUCGUUUUAGUUUUAAGUUCGGGGAGAAGAGUUCUGUUUCUAGAUCUGGUUAACUAAAAGUUUGAUUCAGUAUUUUUGUGGGUGGCUUUAAUAAUGUUUGGCACACAAAUGUCAGUUUAACCAAAAAACUACAUCACAGACGACGUUUAAAACAAAAUCAUUUAAGAUCCAUACCUUAGAUUGUGCUUUAUGUACCUUGUCAUUUUUUGACGACGACUUACACAAUAUGACGUGACAAUGAUGAUUGUACUGUUUUCUUAACAUUAAAUAUAAAAGAAUUGAAAGAUGAA